AUGGAGUUUCCAGAUCUUGAUGCAGAUGCCAGGAUUCAGUCCACAAAUGAUGAGGCAUUGAGUAGUAAAUGGUCUGCUGUACAAGCGGGAUAUUUUAAUGAUCCUUUUAUUAAAUAUAUGAUAAAAGAUAAAAUAAAAGUAAAAAAGUCGCCAAUUAUCAAUAGGGGUACUUAUAUAAGAACAAUGGUUAUUGAUAAAUUUAUAAAUUCGUUUUUACAAUUUGUAAAUCCUUUAGAAAAAAAACAAAUUAUUUCUUUUGGUGCUGGAUCAGAUACAAGAUAUUUUAAUAUUAUGUCGACUUUAGGAAAAACUGCAAACUUUAUUUUUCAUGAAUUGGAUUUUUUUGCGGUUACUCAACGCAAAGUAUCUAUUAUUUCUAAAACUCAAGUACUUCUUGAUAUUAUUAAAUCAUCUUGCGAUACUCCUGAUGAUUUAGAAAUAAAUUUGCAUGAAGGGACUAUAUUGUCUCCGAGUUAUUGUAUUCAUCCAAUUGAUCUGAGAACUCUUACAUCAAUACCUUUACCUUCUAAAAUCGAUGAUAAUCUUCCAACGCUUAUAUUAUCUGAAUGUUGUCUCGUAUAUCUUGAGCCUCAGGAGGCAGAUCAAUUGGUGCAAUGGUCUGUAAACACAUUUUCUUCUAAAGGGUUGGGAAUUGUUAUAUAUGAACCUAUUAAAAAUUUUGAUUUAUUUGGUAAAAUGAUGGUUAAAAAUCUUGCAUCUAGAGGGAUUAGUUUUAAAACUUUAGAUAAGUAUUCGACAAUAGAAAAGCAAUGUAUUAGACUUUUUGACCUUGGAUUUACUGAUUAUCAAAAUGCAGUUACUAUAAAACAAAUUUAUGAUGAAUGGUUUGAUCAUUAUGAUAAAAUGAGGUAAUUUAUAUAUAUAUAUAUAUAUUAAAUGCAAUAAUCUGUUAAGAAUUUCAAAAGUAGAACUUUUGGAUGAAAUAGAAGAAUGGGAUUUGCUUGCAAGUCAUUAUUGUGUUGCUUGGGGAUGGAAAGAUGAACAUGGAAAUGGCU